CCUGCCACUCUCGUUGUGCAGUCUGCCUUUACUCGACUUUUUAAUACUCGACUUCUUUCACCAGUUUCCCGUCACUCGUUUACCGGGAGCUUUUUUCUUGUCUCAUUAGACCUUUGAUUCGACAUUUUCUUUUGGAUACAUAUUCGGAUUCUCAUAUUUGACCAUGAAGGCUUCAAUCGCUGCCGCAUCCGUCGCCUUGAGCGCAACUCUGGCUGCCGCCACCCCUACUCUUCAGGCUAGAGCAUCUGGCACUUCUUCGACCAGCCUUCCUACCGUCACAGUCAAGGGCAACGCUUUCUUCGCUGGCAACAACCGUUUCUACAUCCGUGGUGUUGACUACCAGCCCGGUGGCUCCUCGGACGCCAAAGAUCCCCUUGCCGACGAGGCUGGCUGCAUGAGAGACAUCAAGUACUUCAAGCAGCUCGGCAUCAACACCAUCCGUGUCUACACUGUCGACAACUCUGUCAACCACGACACCUGCAUGAACGCCCUUGCCGACGCUGGCAUCUACGUUGCGCUCGAUGUCAACACCCCCUUGUACUCGCUCAGACGUGACAAGCCCGCCAUCUCAUACAACGCUGUCUACCUGCAGAGUCUGUUCGCUACCGUCGAUGCCUUUGCCAACUACACAAACACCCUCCUCUUCUUCUCUGGUAACGAGGUCAUCAACGACGACACCACCACCAACUGCGCCCCCUACAUCAAGGCCGUCACUCGUGAUCUCAAGCAGUACCGCAACAACAGAGGCUACCGCGCCAUUCCCAUCGGUUACUCCGCUGCUGAUGUCAGCGACAACCGUUACGAGACUGCCCAGUACAUGAACUGCGGUACCGAUGACCAGCGCAGCGACUUCUUCGCCUUCAACGACUACUCGUGGUGCGACCCCUCAUCUUUCACUAUUUCUGGUUGGGACCAGAAGGUUCAGACCUACAACAACUACAGUCUCCCCCUCUUCCUUUCCGAGUACGGCUGCAACAAGGGUACCCGUAAGUUCGAGGAGGUUUCGGCUCUGUACAACUCUGAGAUGACUGGCGUCUACUCUGGUGGUCUCGUGUACGAGUACUCUGAGGAGGGCAGCGACUACGGUCUCGUCCAGAUCUCUGGUGACAGCGUUACCCCCAACGACGACUUCACCUACCUCCAGGCUGCAUUCUCUAACAACACUGCUCCUUCUGGUGACGGUGGUUACAAGUCCAGCGGCACUGCCUCGACCUGCCCUCCCGCCAGUGACACCUGGGACACUGGUGACUUCACCGGUGAGGAUCUUCCCGCCAUCCCCAGUGACGCUACUAAGUACAUGACUUCUGGUGCUGGUAAGGGUCCCGGUCUUUCUGGUGGUGGUUCUCAGGACGCUGGCUCCGACACCGUUAGCACCGCCUCUGCUGGAAGCGGUUCCGCUACCCGCACUGCCUCUGGCGCUUCUUCCACCGGCACUGGCAGCGCAAGCUCUUCUUCCACUGCUACCGGUGCCGCCUCGCGCGUUAGCAUGGGAGAGCUCUCCUUUGCUCCUCUGGUCAUGACCGGACUCGUCGCCCUCUCCACCCUCUUGGGCGCCACUCUUCUCUAAGCAAGUCUCUUCUUUUGUUUGUUCCCUUUUUUUCCUUUCGUUCUCCUUACAUAUGCAUCACCCCGGUGUUUUGGGCUGCCAUGCGUCUUUUUU